GUUUGGUUUCGGGUUUUGGUAAACGACCAGCACCCGACCCGCUCGCAUCCUAGAUCUGACUAUCUGAGCAUCUGACAACAGCAUCUGUUGUUGACCGUGGAGCUUCCCUCUCGCCGCUCCCGUCGGUUCCUGUCUGUCCUUCUUCCCGAAAUCAGAAAAAUGGCACCCUAAAACCCACCAACUCGCCGUAUCAAGCUCCAUCAUCACUGGAUUCACCUCUGCCGAGUUACCUCCACACUACUACUCUGUCCUGUUCUUCUCGCAUUCUCGCUCUGGCCUGAAUAAGCUCCGCUCCAACUCCGGAGUACUGUUAUUUCCUGCUGGAAGCCUAGAAUCACAAUAAUGUCAAGGAACACCAAGUGGAAGCUUGAGAAGAAUAAAGUUAAAGUAGUGUUCCGGCUUCAGUUUCAUGCAACACAUAUUCCACAAACUGGAUGGGACAAGUUAUUUGUAUCAUUUAUCCCGGCAGAUUCCGGCAAGACAACCGCAAAAACAACGAAAGCAAAUGUGAGAAAUGGAACAUGCAAAUGGGCAGACCCUAUUUAUGAAACUACGAGGCUUCUCCAAGACGUUAAAACCAAAGAAUAUGAUGAGAAACUGUACAAACUAGUUGUUGCCAUGGGUUCUUCACGAGCUAGCAUUCUUGGUGAGGCUUCACUCAACCUUGCUGAACAUGUUGAUGCUUCAAAGCCCUCCACAGUUGCAUUACCUCUUCAUGGAUGUGAUACAGGAGCUAUUUUACAUGUCACUGUACAUUUGCUAACAUCCAAAACAGGAUUCAGAGAAUUUGAGCAGCAAAGGGAACUAAGGGAGCGCGGAUUGCAAUCAGGAAUCGAUAAUAAGCCUGAUGAUAUGGGCACUGGAAAAGUUUCAGUCGCUAGAGAUGCUGCUCGUGACGAAAUGGAAAAGGCCAAUAGAAGGUCAAGAUCUAGACCGGAUGCCAAAGAGCUCUUAUCAGUUGAAGAAGUAGAAGAACAUGGAGAUUUGACUAUUGGAUUUGAUGGCUCAUCCAACACAUCUGAAAGUUUUUAUGCCGAAAAGAACGAUUCCUCUAGUACACAGGAAAUCGAUAGCCUGAAGACUUCAGCUUUUGGCGACUCACAUGAAACUCCCCAUUGUCAAAGCCCACAACCAAGACUAACAAAUCCUUUUGAAAAUCAAGCUGCGGCCCACGGGAGUAGUGAUUCAAUUCAUGGAUGGGUUUUAGAUUGCUCUGAUGAUAAUAGUCGAACCAGAGCAAGUUUAGAAUUGGCAGAAACAUCAGUUUUUGAGCUUAAACUCGAAGUAAGCUCUCUGCAAGGUCAAGUUGAUGAACUAGGAAUGGAAACCGAUAAGUUUUCUAGCGUGCUUGCUGCUGAAAUAUCAUCUGGUGAAGAAUUGGCAAAGGAGGUCUCUUCCCUGAAACUAGAACGUUUGAAGAUCAAAGAUGAUAUUGAAAGACUACAUAAUUUAAAGAUAAGCCCUCAAUGUACAGAAAAACAGGAUUUUCGCUUAGUUCAAGAAAUUCAAGUUAAAUGGUCCAUGGGAAUUUCACUCCUGGAAGAAAGGAUAAGGGACCUCAAGAAAAAGACUUUUCAUGGCCUCCAUGAAGGAGAACACAGGUUUCUUCAGUCAGAAUUUGAGGUAGUACUUCAGAUUUUGAACAACAUGAAACAAGGGUCAAAGGAUGAAACAUGCUUGCCUAACAUUGCACCACCAUUAGUUAUGGAUGCAAAAGAGAUGAGAGACACUUGUCUACAGAAAACUCAACACACUUUGACAGGACUUGGGUUGGAUUUGGAUUUAUGUCCACCUGAAGAUAUACUUCAUUUUAGCAUACCUCCUCUUGUUGUUUCUCAAGGACCUAAUUUUGAUCUUAUAAGAGAACUGGACGAGGCGAAGUUUGAAAGGGAAACUCUUGUCAAGAAAAUGGAUCAGAUGGAAUGCUACUAUGAAGCACUAGUUCAAGAACUUGAGGAGAAUCAGAAGCGAAUGCUGACUGAGCUGCAGAGUCUUAGAAAUGAGCACUCAACUUGCAUUUAUACAAUUUCUAUCAAUGAAGCUGAAAUUGAGUCCUUACGCCAAGAUAUGAACCUUCAGAUUGCACAACUUGUUGAUAAGAAUCGCAAUUUAGACGCCAUUAACAAAGAGCUUGAGGAAAGAGCCACCUCUUCAGAAGCAGCUCUUAGGAGGGCCCGCAUGAACUAUUCAAUUGCUGUGGAAAAGCUACAAAAGGAUCUUGAACUCCUUUCAUCACAGGUUGUCUCUAUGUUUCAGACUAAUGAGAACCUCAUAAAACAAGCAUCUCUAGAACCUUCAGUGGCAGAUAACUUCGAGUAUGUAAAUGGCUUCCAAAAUUCAGAAAGAUAUGAUACCACCAAGCAAUUGCAGUUCUGCAAUCAAAAUAUAAGGUCAAGGAAACAAGCAGUCUGCCGAGAUGUCCUUUUGGAGGACUUGAAGAAGUCACUCUUUUUACAGGAAAAGCUUUAUAUGAAGGUUGAAGAAGACCUUAACGAAAUGCAUUCUGUUAAUUUCUACUUGGAUGUAUACUCCAAGGCUCUAGUUGAAACUCUGCUUGAAGCAUAUCACAAUUAUGCAUUAAUGAAGAAAUAUGUGGGUGAGCUUGCACGGCAGUUGGAGUUUUCAAAUGAAUGCAAUGAUCAGUUAGCUACAAAAUUGCAAGUUCUUCUAGAAGAUAUUGUCAUUGUAAAUGGGGAUAAGGAUAGGUGCAUGCACAAAUGUAAUGAACUUGUUCGCCAGAACCAAAAUUUAGCUGAUCAACUGGAAAUGAUUUCUAAGGAGAACUCUCUUCUCACAGAGAAGCUCAUGGAUGGAGAGAGAAUUUCAACGGAAUUCCAAAAUUUCCUGAGUAAAUAUGAGUCUUGUUUGGAACAGAAAGCACAAUUGUCAAGUUUACUAGAACAUAGAGACCUAGAAAUUGAUAGGCUUCAUACUGAAAUUUCUGUUCUGAAGGAGGACUUGAAAAUUGUUGAGUUGGAACGUGACAAGUUGGCUUCUUCAGAGGAAACCCUUCAGAAAAAUGUCAGCUUUGUGCAGCAUAAGUUGGUUAACUUGUUGGCAUCCUAUGAUCAGCAAUUGAGUGCUCCUCUUUUAGUAAACCCCCCUCAUCUUGACUUGGACUUGAAUAACUUCAAAGGCCUCUUAGUCCAAGUUGAUGAGAUCCAACACAAAUCAUGUGCUCAGAUUAUUCAACUCGUGGAAGAGAAGAAGCGUCUAGAGAUUGAAAAACAUGAUUCUGAAUUAUCCCUAAGUUCAGAAAUUAUUGCAUUGAAGCAAAAGCUUAAAAAUAAAACACAGGACAUGUCAGUUAAAUUAAGCACGUCUAAUGCCCUUGUAGAGAAGCUUCAAUUUGAACUUGAAUACGUAGAAAAUAAACUCCGCUUAACCUCUGAAAUAGAGGAAAAGCAUGCACUGCAGGAAGAAGAGCUCUUGACAGAUCUCUCCCUCCUCGAGAUUGAACUGCAAAGAACUGCUUAUUUCGUUCAAGAGAAAUUGGACUUGGAUUAUAUUGCUGAUGAAAUUGAGAGAAGCAGCUCAACAAUUCGUCGGCUAUUACAAGAUAACCAAGACCUAGUGAUGUCUUUACAGAGUAAAACUGAGGAUAUUAGUAGUCUGAAAGAAAACUUCAAGAUUCUAAGUGAUGAAAUGCAUUCUGAUAGAGAUUCUAAUGAAGGCAGGGUGCAAGAACUUACUUUUGAACUGAAUGAGAAGAAUAACUGCCUGUGUGAUCUGGAGAAAAAUAAUUCUAAGCUAAUAGAAGAGAAGCAGGAUCUUGUGGUCUCCUUUCAGUGUGCAACUGCCGAAUCUGCCAACCUUGCAACUGAAAUCAGUUCUCUGAAAGAAAAUUUGAGAGGACUUCAUGAUGAAUUGCAUUCUGAGAGAGAUUCUAAAGCUGAAAUUGAGGCUACUGCUCGAAAUCUUGCUUUUCAGUUAAAUGAGAAGCUUGAGAGCUUACAUGAAAUGGAGAAGCAAAACAUUAAUCUAAUACAAGAGAAGCACAAUCUCACUGAGUCCUUAAAUUGCAAGGCUGAGGAGUCUCUCAAGCUGUCAUCUGAUAUGAUUAAGCUGAAAGAAAACUUGGAAACUCUGUAUGAUGAAUUGAACGCUCAAAAAGAUUAUAAUGUUGAGUUAGAGGGCAGGUUGAGCGAUCUUAGUUCAGAAUUAAAUAUGAAGCAUCUCAACUUACUUGACUUGGAGAAGCUAAAUACUGAACUUGUUCAUUUCCGAGAGCAGGCAUCAGAGUUAGAUGCGGAGAAAUCUCGACUUCACUGUCUUUUACUGCAAAAGGAUGAGAGUAUGAGAAGGCUUGAAUUACACAUGCAUGAGUCUUUAAUUGCUUCAGAUGUUAAAUAUACUUUUGCUGUAAACCAAUAUGGAAGUGUUGCUCAAAAACUUGUAUUAUCUGAUGAGUGUCUUGGAAAUCGUAGGGAACAAUGUGAUGAUCUGCUGAGUAAACUGAGUCAUAGUUUUGCAGGUGAGGCUCAUCAUCAUGAAGAAAAGUUAAAGUUGCUGGAAGCCAUUGAUACUGUUAGAUUUGAUCUGGAGGCGUCUUUUGCUCGAAAUAAGGUUCUUUCAGAUUAUAACAGUAAUAUACAGUUGAGAGUUGAGGAAUACGAGAAUGAAAUCACAAAUCUAGAAGUUUGUCUUUCAAAGGCUAAACAUUGUCACACACUCGAAGUAGAACAUCUUAAAGACGCACUGAAAAACAGUGAAGACGAAAUUUGUUACUUGAUAGUCUCCACAGAGGAACGGGGGGUAAUGGUGACGUUUCUCAGAAGCAAAUUCGAUGAACUGCUUCCUUGUAUGAAUUUGCUAGAGAAAUAUAAAGAUGAGCUGCAGAAUUUACAAUGUCAGUAUAAUGAGCUCUCACAUAAACUCUCUCAGCAAUGUUUGGAGACCGAAGAAUUCAGGAAUUUAUCUGUUCAAUUAAAGGAGUCAAGGGAUAAGGCUGAAGAGCAAAAAGAAUCUCGAGGACAACCAGUUGCUAGACAAGAAUCCUUACGGAUAGCCUUUAUCAAAGAACAAUACGAGACGAAGGUGCAGGAACUGAAACAACAACUGUCUAUUGCCAAAAGGCAUGGAGAAGACAUGCUUUUGAAGCUCCAAGAUGCAAUUGAUGAAAAUGAAGGUAUGAAGAAAUCUGAUGCCAUACAAGCUAAAAGAAAUGAGGAACUAGUUCUCAAGCUCUUGGCUUUGGAAUCUGAAUUACAGUCUGUCCUUUAUGAAAAACGUGAAAUUACUAAAGCUCAUGAUCGGAUAAAGGCAGAACUGGAAUGUGCAGUUUUAAGCUUAGAAUGUUCCAAGGAAGAAAAGGAAAAGGUCGAAGCCUCUUUGCAAUCAGAACUGUCUGCGGCAAAACAGCUGGUGGAGAAUGUUAAGUGCCAAAGUAAUAGCAAAGAAGCCAAGCAUGCAACUGACAAGUCAAUUAAACCUUCAUCACCAAAUUCGUCACAUCAGGAUGGUAUGUAUCUUGAGGAGAAACUGAUUUACCAACAUCUAUCAAUCGAAGAUCUUCCAUCACCACAUAUUGAUUUGAAUAGCAAUCUUUUUGAAACCCAAAAUUUGAGGGCUGGUAUGGACCACCUACUUGAAGAGUUGGAAAUAUUGAAACAUGAAAACUCUCUCGUUCCAAAGGAUCACAUUUUUAACCCAGAUUUCGAAGCUUCUCAGAGAGAACUCGAACAACUACAAAAGACAAAUGAAGAUCUUGGUAGCAUGUUUCCACUUUUCAAUGAAAUUACGACUAGUGGAAAGGCAUUGGAAGGAGUUAUUGCACUAGAGGUUGAGCUUGCUGAAACUUUGAAGGCAAAGACCAAACCAAACAUCAUCUGCAGUUCAUUCCUAAAACAAAAUAGUGAUGAAGAAGCCAUUUUCAAGCGUUUUAGAGACAUCAAUGUGGUGCUAAAAGAAAUGUUGGAAUUAAAGGGGAGACAUGCUACAGUGGAGAAUGAACUGAAGGAUAUGCAUGACAGAUACACACAGCUAAGCCUCAAGUUUGCUGAGGUUGAAGGUGAAAGACAGAAACUGAAGAUGACACUCAAGAAUCUUCGGGGAUCCAGAAAACUCAAUCAGCUAGACAGACCCUCUUCCUCCAUUCCGUCUGAAAGUAGUUUCACACAGUAUUAAGAUGGCUCUCUUUAGCAAUAUCGGAAAACCAACUAAACCUGCAUUUGACUCUCGAAAGCUCCUUUCAUUAGCGCAUAGUUUUGGCUUUUGUAUAUAGCUGUUUUUAUCGCCCAACUUUUGUUGCUGGAUUAACAUGUGCGAUGUAGAUAUGUAGCGUUCUUUUUUGUUUUUGUUUGUCAUAAUACGCUGUUACCACUUACCAUAAAAUGUAUGUAAUUUUCCUUUUUUUGUUGUAAUUGUUGUACUUGACUUUACAAUCCCCAUUUGGUGUCUGCAACAGGGCACAGCCGCACAGCUACACAGGCGUCAAAAUUCUCUUAUGGAUUGUCUUUGCAGAUGUUGUGGCUUUCCAUCCAAUCUUGUUUUUUCAGAACUGGUCACAAAUUAAGAGUUUGUUUGGUAAGGCCUAUACAUCUACAAUAGCAUGUGGUCCAGUGUGUUGAAAUAAAUGAAAUGAUAGAAUCUUUAGUAUUAUCUGGAAAUAAUUCGAGAUUAGAAAGUCGAGAAAUAACAAAUGAACUGACUAUUUAUCCUCAAGUCUCAACAAACUUAACGAAAUAAUAAGAGAGAAUUCUCCAAAUAGGAGUAAAACAUAGACAAAAUACAAAAAUAGGAGUACCAUGUUUUGAAUAGGAGUAACUUUAGUGUUUGGACAAGUAUACCCCUACCCAAGCCCCAACAACUUUCAUUAAUAAUUAAAACAUAAAAGAAAUACUUCGAACGAUUAAUUAAUUUAUAAUAAAAUUGUAAAAAACUCCAAAAAAAUUGUAAAAUACAAAAAAAAACACAAAAAAACAUCAAAUAAAAUAAACUCCGUAUUAAAUAAAAUAAAAACUUAUUAAAAUAUAAAAAAUAAAAAAUAAAAAAUACAGAAAUAAAAAAUGAAAAAAAUAGAAAAAAAAUAUGUAGGCGUCUGCCGCCGCCUCAACAACCUCCCAACACCACCAGCUUCGACCACCGAAAAAAUGACAACAUUUUCCCGAAAUGCCAUCAAGAUGGCAAAUUUUGAGAAAAUUUGGCAUUUUCAAAGAGAAACUGUCAUCUUUAUGGCAUUUUCAAAAAAAAUGGCAGUUUUUACAUAAAAUGACAUUUUUUUCGCCGAUCGGAUGUGACAUUGUUGGGUGAUGACCGAGGCUGUGGGAAAGGCCUGCAUAAUUGUUUUAUAUUUUUUAAUACAAUUUAUCUGUUUUUUAUUUAUUUUUAAAGUUUUUUUAUUUUUACAAAAAAAUAUUUUUUAAUUUUAAAUAUUUUAAUAUUGUUGGGAUGAACUUAGAUUAUUUUUAAAAUUAAAUGGCCUGCAUAAAGGUAUCGUUUCCAGUGAAUGAACUUAGAUUUUUUUUAAAUAAGAUCAAAUAAGUCAUAUUUUUAGAAUUAACUAGGUUAGGGAUAUUAAGGGUCCAAAAUUAAUGUUUACUCCUAUUCAAAAGUUUUAAGUUUUACUCCUAUUUGUGCAAUUAUGUUUAUGUUUACUCCUAUUGAUGGAGUAUUAACUCCUAGAGAGAAGUGAGAGCUAGAGAGAGAAGUGCAGUAAAUGCUUUGUAUUAAUGAUUUGUGAACCCCUACAACUACCCCUAAGGGGAGUAUUUAUAGAGGAAAUUAGGACUGGGCUCCCAAGUCUUGGGCUUGGGAGGCCCAUUUAAAAUUGGGUCUCUAUUGGGCUGAGUACAAGAUGUGUAGAAAUGACUAAGUACAAAAUUCGGUUCUGGGAAUCGUUUGUGGCCGACGCGGUCAUGGCCGACGGAGCCCCGGCCAACGGGGACACCCGGUUCUCCUGGCUUCCGGACCAUGUUCUGAGUUGAUAUCUUUCUGGCCGAUGGGAGGCCAUCUGGCCGACGGAGGCCCCACUGGGUGACAGCUAUGCCUCUUAUUCUUCUGAGUGUGUGGGUCCUGGGGUCCAGGCCCAUAUAUUCCAUCAGGAGUCCCCCACUCUCUGAGCUGAGAUGUAGAUGAAGUGAGGGAGAGUAGAUUCCAUGGUUUUGACGUUUUCUGGCCGUUGUGGGACCGCUAUGGGCUUUUCCCUGUUUUGGCCGUCAUGGGCACCCCUUGUUGUGGUUCUUUGUUUUUGGCCGUUACGGGCACUCUACGUUCUGAUUGUUGUAUGGCCUUCACUGUGGACGAAGAGGGCUGAUGUUCUUUCCUUUGAUGGGGUAAGAUUGUUUGAGGACGAUGAGUGUCCUGCCUCAGUGGCCGAUAUGAGCUCUUGAUUUGAAUAGCCGAUGCGGGUGCUAUCGUUUUCGGUCAUCAAUGGUUGCCUUUGAUGGAUUGGCCGAGGAGGCCUCACGAUUGCUUUGUGCUUAAGGUCGGAGCGGUGGUAUCCGUAGCUUGGUGUCCAUGCUUUGAGGACGAUAGCGGCACUGAUCCGGAAGGAGUAGUGUGUAUCCUGAUCUCAUGGACGAUAGUGAUCUGAGGACGUUGGGUUCCUGUUUUAAUUUCUUGGCCGAGAGUGGAGUAUGUGGUCUCAAAGCCGUUGAGUGGCCUAUGAUCUCAGGUGUUCAAUCUUUGGAGGGAAUUCUUUGUUUGCUGACUUUGCUGCGGCCGACAGUGCACCACAAGGUCAUGGACGUUGUGGUGCAUAUAUGAUCUGAUGUUGUAGUUGUGGACUUAAUAUAUUUUUGAAUUUCUUUGAUUUUGUCCUCUUGUAUUCCAGAGGCCGGUGUAGCCCCCCAGUCCCCCACUGCUUCAGGCCGAAGAGUGAGCGAGGGGUGAAGAAGUAAGGCAUAACCCUAGGUCGAAGCGGGAUUCUUGUAUUCCCCUGAAUCCAAUCCCUUGGCGAUUUCCUGACCAAGGUAAUCUCGCCUCCGUCGGCUUACUCGCCUCCCUUCGGCGAAGGACAUAGUCCCCCACUUGGAAUUCUCGGGAACGUACCUUGGCAUCAUAGUAUGAUUUCACUUGACGCCGAUAGUUUUCUGCCCAGAUGAAGGCUUGCUCACGUCGUUCUUCGAUCAGGUGGAGGUCGAUCUUCAUGUUUUCUUUGUUGGCCUCAGGUUCGUACUGCUCCACCCGUCGGCUUGGUAUGGUGACCUCUGUUGGUGCCUCAAAGCCAUAGCAAGGGCAAAGGGUGUUUCGCCCGUCGCCCUCCUUGGCGUAGUACGGUAGCACCACAGAAUAUUCGGGAGCUCGUCUGCCCAACUGCCUCCUACGUCCUGGAGCUUCUUCUUUAGGCCCUCCAGGAUGGUUCUGUUGACAUUCUCGACUUGCCCGUUACCUUGAGGGUAGGCAACGGAGGACAAACGAUGCUUGAUUCCCCAUUCCUGGAGGAGCUCUUGGAAGGGUGCGACCUCGAACUGGGUGCCAUUGUCGGAUAUUAUCUCCCGAGGAACGUCGAAGCAGGUAAGGAUAUUCUUGUGGACAAAUUUCUGGCACCUGGCCCCUGUGAUGCUGGCCAAAGGUUCCGCUUCGAACCACUUGGUGAAGUAGUCCACGACGACGAUGAUGUAGCGGUUGUUGCCAGCGGCUCUUGGCAAGGGGCCGACCAGGUCGAUUCCCCAUCUUGAGAAUGGGAUUGCGGUGCUGACUAGGGCGUAGUUGAUGGCUGGCCGACCAGGGGCCUUCUGAAGGACCUGACAUGCAGUACACUUCCUUGCAAGAUUGGCACAAUCCCGCGUCAUCGUCGGCCAGAAGUAGCCCUGGACGAUGAGACGCUGGGACAUGCUGAAAGAGCCCUGACGUGAGGAGCAGAUGCCGCAGUGGACUUCUUCCAUGGCCACCUCGGCCUCAUCUGGGUGCAGGCAUCGGAGGAGAGUGUCGUUGUAAGAUCUUUUGUAAAGUUUCCCAUCCUCGAUGGUGUAGCUUGGGGCCCUGAGUUUGGCUAGCUUGGCUCUCUCCUCGUCCUGGGGCAGUUCUCCCGAGGUGAUGAAGGUUGUGAUGUCAGUGAUCCAGUCCUCCGGCCGAUGUUGGAUGCACAUGAUCGGACUGGCAUGGAUGCUGGACAUGCUCAGCUCCUCGACCUCUGCUAUCUUGGAGAUGUGCUCUGGAGUGUCUGUGAUGAGCUUGGAGAGGAUGUCGGCCUCAGCAUUCUCCGCCCUUGGGAUCUGGGUGAUCUCAUGGGUUUCAAAUGCCUUGAGCAGCUCCUCGGCCGCCUGCUUGUACUGUCUCAUCCUCCCCUCCUUGGCCUCGUAUGAGCCCUCAAUCUGACCCACGACUAGCUUGGAGUCGCACUUGAUUUUGAUGUGUCGCGCUUUGAGGCCGGCGGCGAGUCUGAGGCCGCUGAGGAGGGCCUCAUACUCGACUUCGUUGUUGGAUACCCUGAAGUUGAAGCGGAUGACAUAAUAGGCUCUGAAUCCUUCAGGGGAAAUGAGGACGACGACGCCCCUGCAUGCUUUGGCGGCCGAUGAACCGUCAGUGAAGAGAGUCCAUGCUUCGUCUGGCUCUGGCCUGGGUGUGGUAGCGGUCGUCUCCCUGGUUGUUCACUCGGUGACGAAAAUCGGCCAAGGCCUGCCCCUUGAUGGAUGGCCUCGGCUUAAUUUCGAUCUGGAAUUGGCUGAGGAAGAUCGCCCAUUUCACCAUUCGUGAGGAACUGAUGGGACUCCGCAUGAGUGCACCGAGGGGUUGCUCAGUUAAGACGUGGACGGCAUGGGCCUGGAAGUAGUGUCCUAGCUUUUUCACUGUAUGGACGAUGGCCAAUACCGUCUUCCCAAUGGGGGAGUACCUGAGCUCGGCCUCCCGUAACGUCUUGCUUACGUAGAAAAUUGCCUUCUGUACCCCUUCAUCCUCGCGGAUGAGCACGGAGCUGAUGGUCGACGUGCUCACCCCCAAGUACAAGAAGAGAGUUUCACCGGCUUUGGGUUUAGAAAGCACAGGAGGGGACGAUAGGUACCGCUUCAGUUCCUCAAAUGCUUGUUGGCACUCCGUCGUCCAUCUGAAGCCAUUUGCCUUGCGCAUGAUCUGAAAGAAAGGGAGAGACCUUUCAGCCGAUUUCGAGAGAAAAUGGUUUAGGGCCGCAAGGCGUCCUGUCAGCCGUUGUACCUCCUUCACAUUUCGUGGUGGCUCCAUGUUGACAAUGGCCUGUAUCUUCUCCGGAUUGAUUUCAAUGCCCCUUCGGCUGACCAUGUAGCCGAGAAACUUGCCCCCUUGGACGCCGAAGGUGCACUUCUUUGGGUUCAGGCGGAGCUGGAACUUCUUCAUGAUUUCAAAAAUCUCCCAGAGGUCGUCACCAUGAGUAGUAGAUUUCUUGCUCUUGACAAACAUGUCGUCUACAUAUGCCUCCAUCGUCCGGCCGAGGAGUGCUCUGAAGACCAUGGCUACCAUCCUGGUAUAUGUGGCGCAUGAGUUUUUGAGCCCAAAGGCCAUGACGAGGUAGCAGAAAAUUCCCUCCGGGGUCCUGAAGGUCGUCUUCUCGGCGUCAUCUUCAUGCAUGAAUAUCUGGUGGUACCCCCUGAAGGCGUCAAGGAACGACAUCAACUCGCAUCCCGCCGUUUCGUCCACCAAGUGAUCAAUAUUGGGGAGAGGGAAUGGGUCCAUGGGGUAUGCCUUGUUCAGAUCAGUGUAGUCAACACACAUCCUGAACGUCGGCGGCUUUUGAGCGAGGAUGACGUUGGCCAGCCACGUUGGGUACUUCACCUCCUUGAUGUGGCUGAUUGAGAGGAGCAUGGUGACCUUCCCUUUGACGAAGUCCCAUCUGUCGGCCGAAAGGUAGCGUCGCUUCUGCUUGAUCGGCGUGGAGGCGGGAUCGACUGACAGCCGGUGAGUGAUCACUUUUCGGCUGAUGCCAGGCAUAUCGUCCGGCCCCCACGCAAAAAUUAUUGCAUAUGAUCGCAAGACGUUGAUGAUGCCGUCGCGUUGGUCCUGUGGGAGUUGCUUCCCGAUUCUUAGGACCCGCUCUGGCCGGGAGGUGUCCAGGGGGACCUCCUCGACCUCUUCGACUGACUCAGUGUGUGGCCUCUUCUCGUCCUAGGUGACGGUGGCGGUGAUUGUGUCAAUUCUCUGCCCGGCGCUAGCUGCUGGCUUUGUAAGCUUUAGGUAGCAUGCUCGGGCUAUCUUCUGGUUGCCCCGGGCGUAGCCGAUACCACCGCUGGUAGGGAACUUCAGACACAGAUGUUUUAUGGAGAUGAUGGCCUCCAAAUCCUCUAGUGUUGGCCGCCCCCAUAUCAAGUUGUGGGCGCACUCGAGGUUAACCACCAUGAACUCCAUGUCAAUUUUGGCGCAAUGGGAGCCGUCGCCGACCUCCACGGGAAGGACUAUCGUGCCUUCGGCGUCGAUAGAGUCCCCGGUGAAGCCGGACAACGGUGUCCGUAUCGGUUUGAGCAGUGCUUUGUCCAGCUUUAGCUGCUUGAAUGUGUCAAGGUACAUGACGUUGUCGGAGCUCCCCGUAUCGAUGUAGGUGCGGUGGAUGAUAGAGUCACCUAUCUCACACCGGAUGAUGAGGGCGUCCCUGUGUGAUGCGGGUCCCGGAGGCAGAUCCUUGUCGGUGAAGGUGAUCGCCUCCAUCCGUUGCUUCUUCGGCUGGGGGGAGCGUGGGACACCUCCCCAAUGUAAAGGGAUUGGGUCCAUUUCUUCCUCUGGGUGGCCGAGUCCCCCCCCCCCCCCCAGUGUUGCGCCCCAGAAUGAGGUGGUUGUGGUUCUUCUUCGGAGGGGGCUCUUCAAAAUCUUCGUGGUCAUCGCUGAGUCUGCCGAUCUCACGCUUCUUCGCGGAGGGUUCUCCCCUAUGUUUGUUGGUGUUUACCCACGUAUUUUUGCGCGGGCCACCCUUAACAAACUGGGAGAGUUCCCCCUGACGAAUCAGCUUCUCGAUGGCUCUCUUCAGCGUGACGCAGUCGUCUGUGUUGUGGGAGGUGUUUCGGUGGUAACGACAGUAGGUGCUGCCCUGAUGGACGACAUAGAUCUCCUUUGCCGACCGAGGAUCUCGCUCAAUGAGGUCGUGCUCCUCGGCGUAAUCGAGGACGGAGCUGACCGAAUGAGUGAGUGGGGUCUUCAUCCUUUCCAUCCUCGGCCUCCAUAUGAGGUCCUUGUUCUUUCCGCCAGAUCCAUGGCGGCCUUGUCCUCCCUGACCACGAUCCCCUGCCGAGGGUGCGCCUGGAGUUGGCGCGGCAUUCAUCUUCUUGGAGGGGUGCCCUCCAUCCUUGUUGUGGC